GAUUCUGAUACAAGUGUACCUGAGGAGGAAGUGCUGAACCUGGACCACACACACACACACACACACACACACACGGCGUUCAAGGACACCAAAAGCUAAAGCCCGGUGUACUCUGGGAGCGUCACAUCUGUAAAUUAUUGUUGUUGGAAGGUGUUUGUUAUAAGCUUAUAACCCGCCUCAGUGUCAGGUUAAUAUUGACAGAGGCUGAAUAAAACUGCUGCUCUUUGACAUUAUUUUCUGAUGUUCCGUCUGUUUUUCCUCACAUGCCACAUUUAGUCUUUAACGUCAUGUUGAAGUUGCUCCUUUAGCGUUAAAGCCUUUGUUUAAAUGCAACAGGGAGCUUCGUGAAACCGAUGGAUGACUCCUCGCCGCUCUCCGUCACAGCAGCAAAGGGGCAAAUAACCCAAACUGCCACCAGUGGCGUUUGGGUCCCCGGGGUCAAAGAGACACGGCGCUCCCUCGGAUCACAAAUGCAAAUGCGUAAACUGGGUUUGUCCUGGCGAACCACAGGGCGCCGCUGGCCGUCUAAAGCUGCUUGUGUGCUAAACGAUUGUGGCGGUUGUAAUGAGACCUGGACCUUCUGUGCGUGAAGGUGUAGCCUGGAGGACUGUAUUCAAAUGAAGGCGAUAAGCCACGAUGGAAAUUAUGUUAACUGCUUCGAGUGGCAGAGGAAACAAAACGUUUCUGACUCUAUCAAGUAUCUCACAAUGUGUGCAGGUCGACGAAUAAUGUGCAUUAUUGUGUCUUUUGUGGUAACAGACGGGUGCUAACGGGACUGAAGACACUGAAUCAUGUUUUAUAUCAGUCUAUGCUGAUAUUCACACAAAAGUAUGUCAACACCAAGGUUUUAUCAUCUUGAGGCACUUUGCAUUUUAUGCUACACUUCAGUUAAAUGUUGUACUUUUUACCCUCUUAUUCAUUAACUGUUACUAUGAGUUUUACAUAAAAACAUUUGAUCAUAAAACAUGAUGCAUUGAUUGAGCUUCAUAAUUGUAAAAUAAGGUAUUUGUGGCAUUAAUUAUAACCACCUGUCAUGUAUAAUAUAUUGUUAUAUUCUCUUUAUUUGUCACUUAGUAAAUCAUUCGCACGAGUCUUUCUCUGCAGCGGGGCCGUGACGUCACGCAGAGGUAGCCUCGGACGCGCGCGGCGGGGGAGGCGGCUCGCUCACUGAUUGGCCGAGCAGCGCGACGUGGCCAUUAGUCCGUUACAGGUAGCUCGCGUGUGACAGUUAUCUGCGCGCGCGCUCGCGUGUGUGUGUGUGUGUGUGUGUGCGUGCGCGUGCGCGCGUCGCUGCGUGCGGCUCCGCGCUUCUACUCGCGCUGAUGUUGCGCUGGAUGAUCGGCUGCUCCGGGAUGUUUCAGUCCGCACGUUGAGGAGGAAAGUUGGAUCACUGAGGUAAGACUUUAAUGUCUCUCUUUAAAUGCUGCUACGAUUUACUACAGUGAAUUAAAGGGACUUUAGUUACACGAACGCUUCAUGGAACAAAGCGAGGGAUGUAUUUUUAUUGUGUUCAGUAAAACAGUUUUAUCGGAGACGUUUUUUGAGUAUUUGCUUUAGAAAUGAAUCCAGCUUGUGGACCUACAGUGAAUUUGACUGACUUCCAGAGGUUCCCCCUGCAUCCUCUCUGAAGCUGUACAUCUCCUGGGUGUAGACAUGGCCUCCGUGUUCUUGUGAUGGUAACCUUGAGAGGGGCUUUAUCGCAGGCCGCGCGUUGAAGUUGAGAGGAAUCGUCACAGAGAGGAACGUCAGGGGGGCCGCAGGAUGAAGUCCAAAGGAAAGGCUGGCAAACCAUCCAGGAGGACCUGGUCUGACGCCGAGCCGGAGCCAGAACAAGACACGGAACCAGAACCGGCUUCCAGCGAGCAGGAGGGCUCGGAGGCCUCGGUGCGGAUCGGCGGCUCCUGGAGGGGGUCCCUGAGGGGCGGGGACGGCAAGCGGAAGAGGGGGGGGUCCCGGCGGCGCCGGCAGCACGGCUCCGGCGCCAAGGAACGCAGCGUCCGGCGACUGGAGAGCAACGAGAGGGAACGCCAGCGCAUGCACAAGCUGAACAACGCCUUCCAGGCGCUGCGCGAGGCCAUCCCCCACGUCAACACCGACAAGAAGCUGUCCAAGAUCGAGACUCUCACCCUGGCCAAGAACUACAUCAAGGCCCUGACCACCAUCGUCGUGGACAUGUCGGGGGGCUGCCUGCCCGCCGGUGACGGCGGCGGCGGCGGAGGCGGGGUCCCGUCGGAGGCCAGCACCGCCAAGCUGCUCCAGUGCUACCAGAAGCACCUGGAGGAGGAGGGGGAGGAUGAUCUCACCCAGUACCUCACCCACGCACGCAGCUUCAGCCAGCGCAGCUAACAGCGGCUGCAAGGCGGGAAGGAGCCCCCCCCGCCCCCCUGCAGAAAACGGGCGGAUCAGGCCGCUGCCGUCGACGCUUGAAGGGGUCCGUCUAGACUGGAGCUUCAUGGACAGAGCGACUUUAUUCCAGCACCGUUCAGCCCGCAGACCAGACGGCGAGGAGCGGGCGGAUUGUGCCGGUGAACUUACUCGCUGUUCUCACGGGGCCUCAUUUGACAUAAUUUCUCUGUAAUUCUCAUCUUCUUGAGCCAGAGAAGGAACUUGUUCUCUUUGUUGUCUCGUCAUCGUGUGUUUUCUUGGUUGAGAAGCCUGCUGAGCGUUGCCUCCGGUCAUAACCGUCGAGUGGAGGAGGAGGAGAAGGAAGGCAAGCUGCUUGAAUACCGAAAUGUUGAAGGUAGAAAAACGUGUUUGCUCAUUUUCAGAACACGUGUCUUCUGACAGUUUGUGCGUUCCGUGACUGGAGGCCAAGGGCGAUCGGUAAAAGUGUGCGUGUGUGUCAUUCCAUUUGUUUGUAUCUCCACGUGGGGAAAAAGAUCAGGAGAAACCAAUUCGGGAGUUAUUAUCAAUAAACAACUUUAUUUAUU